GGGAGGCAAACACGGCGUGCGGUUUUAUGUCGGCGUUCGCCAAAGUGAAACUUUCCUUGGCUUUUUUUUCUGAAAAUGGAGGGUACUUUUGAGAAAAGGGAGAGGCGCUGUCCAGGGCUGAUCCAGCGCGCAGAUCAGGACCACGGCUAACACUCGUACACGCUCUCCAGAAAGUUUGGGGUGUGCCAUUACUGCAUUUCCUCAAACUACUAGAAAGUGGCUUUCUGCACCGUUUUGAUUUAUCUUUGUUGCAUACAAUGUUAUCUUUGUUCAGUACAAGCCAGAUUUUUUCCUUUUCCGGACAGAUAGUUGUGUGUUUCCUUUUCGGAGUUUUGGUUUAGUGUGCACUGGAUUGGGCCUUGGUCAGAAAGCAGGAUGGCUGGACAGCGAUUUAACUCAUGCAGUCAAGCAGAAGUUUUUUUUUCCAACCGAUUGCACCCCCGGAUAAUUAGCACUGCACGAACAGUUGCCAGAGCAACGUCUCCCCGUAAAACAAAACUGUGGCAAUAUUCUGAUUUUCCGAGCUAGGUAAUGUUACGCAGGAUAGCAAAGUCAGUUCACUUUCCGAAAGACAACAAAGUUUGACCUUGUGCUAUUUGGUGAAAUGCGAAGGAAGCAUUGCUUUUUAGUACUACAAUUGAAGUUGAUGUGGAGAUAUGUUUAAUGUUAAACUUAAACUAGCGAGCAGCCAUGUUGUUUAAAUGGCUUGUACAGCUAACUGAUGUUAGCUUAUUAAGUUCAUUUUGCCAUAACCCAUGAGCUCGCUAGUUAGACGAACAGCUUGUUAAGCAGCUACAUUCGAUCUAAAGUCACAGAACGGUUCAAUUGUUAAAUGUUUUGGAUUUUCAUUGCUGGACAUGCAUAAUGAGCGUUUGAUAAUCUUGUUUGCUGAUGAACUAAGUUGCGAGUUCCGUCGCGUUAAUCCCCCUGCUUAAUGAAACUCUUUCUAACUUAGGAGCGCAGGUUGGUGCUGCUGUUUUAAAAUGGCCGAUCACGAAGUUCACCACUGCCCCUUAUCAGUAGAGGGGAUUGUAUUGACGUUUCUUUGCAGCUAAAUAUAUUUCGAAGUCGUUAGCCGUCAGAUAUGGCUCAUGAAAUGUUUUCUCGUGUUUUAUCAGGUUUGUCCUGAAAUGAGCUGUCCAUUAAUUAGUGAACUUAUGAACGUUGCUGUCCUUUAAAUAACAGUUUACGCCGAUCAUAACAAUGAUCUAGCUGGAUGGAAACGUCCGAAUUGUUGAAUUUUUCAGAACUAUAUUUUCUCUGUCCUAAUAUGGAGUAUAGCCUAGACGGAUCAUUUACUAAAUUAAAUGGGCAACUGAAAUGCCCACAAUAAAAUAAAUAUAGGAACGGAAGAAGCACGUAAUUCAUGAGCUGUCUUGAUUGAUAGAAUCAAGGGGGUCGUUUGAGUGACUUUUGGUUUUCUGCCAUUGUUACGUUGAGAGUAACCUAAUGUUUAUUUUACAUUCAUUUAUAAAUUACGUUGUAUAUUGCAAGAUGGGCUACAACAGUUUACAUUUAAAGUGUCUCUGUUUAAAGGUGAAAGAGGCUAAACUUAUUUAUAUGUAUUUACACCCCUUCCUUGGAAGAUCGUUGCUUCUGUAAUGGACUUUAGUCAACCAAAUCAUUGUCUUGCUAAACAAGACCUGCAGCACUAAGAAAGGCUGCUAAAUAAAAUUCUUUAAACAGUAUGUUAGCUUACAAAUUUUUAAAUUGCACUACAUACAAACUCUUUGCGUCUAUUUGUGUAAUCGAAACGUAACUUUUUGAAAUGGUCUAAGGUCUGAAUUUAGUUCCCUUUUCAUAUUUCAGUAUGUGCUGCCGUCUCUUGGGCCGUAAAGAUGACCUUUAAAGUAGAAAAAAAGUUGAAUGUCAUCACCCAAACUACCACUAUUUAUUAUUAUUUUAAAAUCGUAACGACAGUGCGUUUGGAAUGAGCCAGGAAUUUUACCUCAUUUCAGAAAAUUGCAUUGCAUUUUUAUUUUUAACCACCUCACACCGAUGAAACUAAUGUAGGGCAGAGACAAUAAUGUUAGUAAUAAGAAGAGUGAAUAGCUUUUUUUUUUUACAAAGCACAUUCAUGAUGAAAACAAAGGAUGUAAAAGUAAGGAACAAUAAGGUGGUUCACAGUAAGGUGAACGGGACUCUGCAGAGAGCGGAGCAUGGCGCAGACGGUCCACCCCGCCGUGGUGUGCAUGUUCGCCCCCCCCGUGGGCAUCCCCAUGGAGGGCGAGGCGCUGGCCGUGCCCCAGCUGGUCAUGCUGGCUAACGUGGCACUAACGGCAGAGGGCGGAGCCUGCGACUUCGGGCUGGAGGAGAAGCAGAUGGUGGAGCUGAAGACCGUGGGCAGCGGCAGCUACACGGACAGCGAGGAGGAGGACGAGGAGGAGGAGGAAGAGGACAGCCUGCUGGGGUACGAGUUCAAGGAGCACGGCGAGAUCCAAACCGCCGUCCCGCACCCGGUGACCCCGCUGCCUCCUGCGGGAGAGGGGGAGGAAGAGGAGGACGAAGGAGGAGAGCAGAGCGGCAGGGCCGGGGCCGGGCAGAGGAAGCGGGCCCCGCCCGGAGACCCGGAGCUCGCCUGCGCCCCCCCGGCGGCCGCCAAGCGCAAGCGGGGGGCCCCCCCCCCCGGCGAAGACCCCCGGAAGAAGAAGCCGUUCCACUGCAAGCCGUGCCAGUACCAGGCGGAGAGCGAGGAGGACUUUGUGCGCCACAUCCGCAUCCACGGCACCAAGAAGCUGGCGGCCGUGGCGGCCACCGAGGGGGAGGAGCCGCAGGGCGAGGCGGGGCCGGAGGCGGGCGCCGCGGCGACCGGGGAGGGGGCGGUCCACAGCAAGGGGGUGAUCCGCUGCGAGCGCUGCGGCUACAACACCAACCGCUACGACCACUACCUGGCGCACCUGAAGCACCACAGCAAGGGCGGGGACAGCCAGCGCGUCUACAGGUGCACCAUCUGCACCUACACCACCGUCAGCCAGUACCACUGGAAGAAGCACAUGAGGAACCACUUCCCCAGCAAGCUCUACACCUGCGCGGAGUGCUGCUACUUCUCCGACCGCAAGAACAACUACGUGCAGCACAUCCGCACCCAUACAGGUGAACGGCCGUUUCACUGUCCUUACUGCCAGUACACGAGCUCUCAGAAGACCCACCUGACCCGGCACAUGAGAACACACUCAGGCGAGAAGCCGUUCAAGUGCGACAACUGCAGCUACGUGGCGGCCAAUCAGCACGAGGUGACGCGGCACGUGCGGCAGGUGCACGGCGGGCCCAAGCCGCUGAGCUGCCCGCACUGCCCGUACAAGACGGCCGACCGCAGCAACUACAAGAAGCACGUGGAGCUGCACGUGAACCCGCGGCAGUUCCUCUGCCCCGUCUGCAGCUACGCCGCCUCCAAGAAGUGCAACCUGCAGUACCACGUCAAGUCCCGCCACCCGGGCAGCGCCGACAUCACCAUGGACGUGUCCAAGGUGCGGCUGCGGGUCAAGGGCCCGGAGGCGGGCGCCGCGGGGGGCGCCGGCCGGAGGAGGGCCCGGAGCGGCCCGCCGGCCAUCGUGGAGGAGCCGGAGGAGCCGGAGGAGGAGCCGGAGAAACGCGGCGGAGGCGCUGGAUACCGAGAGGAGCGACGGCAGCGGGAGGAGGAGGAGGAGGAGGAGGAGGAGGAGGAUUCCUCAGGGCCCAUCAACCUCUCCAUCAGGAGGACCGGUAAAACCGGCAGCGGGCUCGUCGCCGGAAAGGAGAGGAAGGAGCAGAGCGUCCCGGCGGACAGGGAGGAGGCGCUCCAGGAGAGAGGAGGCGCGGCUAAAGGGGAGGAGCGUAAGACGGAGAAACAGAGAGAGCGGGCCGCGCCGGAGAGGAGGAAGGAGAGGACUGGCGGGAAGGCCGCCAAGGUCAGCGGAGCGGCCAGAAAGGGCGGGGUGGAGAAGCGGGCGCAGGCGGAGGCUGUCCAAUCAGAGCAGGGGGCGGAUCAGAGCGGCGGGGGGAAGAGGAGACGGGCGGAGCGCAAGGCGGGGAGGCCGAAACGCGAGCAGAAUUCCGGGACGAUGUCAGACGCCCCGUCGGACCCGGGAGAGGAAAGGAGCGCAGGAGGCGCCGGGGAGGCGGAGGUGAAGAAAGAGAAGAGGAGCGGCGGAAAGAGGAAGAACGCGACCAAGAGCGGGGCGAGGACGGAGCGGAACGUCGCUAUGGAAACGGAGGCGCCACCUGGGGUUCAGGGCGAGAUCCUGGAAGAACCCCCGAAGAAGGAGUCGAAAUUGAAGACCAAAGCGGGGAGAAGGAAGCUGGGCGCCGUGGAAACGGCAGCACCAGGGAGAGGGGAGCAGCCCGCCUCGGCCACCAGGAGCAAGAGGAGGCGACUGGAGGACAGCGGGGGAGCGGAGAGCCAGGCCCCCGCGCCAAAACGCCGCAAGGCUGAGAGACGCCCGGCGGGGCGGAGCCAGAAGGCCACGCCCGAACCCCCGGGUGUGCCCGCGGUGGAGCCCGAAACGACCGGCGAGGGCGCAGAGGAGGAUGCUGGGACCUCACUGUGCAAAGACGGAAGCCCGGUCGCAGAGUUCCGGCUCGUGCUGGAGGAGGAGGAGGAGGAGGAGGAGGAGGAGGAGCAGCAGACGACGGACCGGCUCCAGGGCCCAGAGGGCACGGGGGCUUUAGCCGGGCCGAGCUCGGGGCAGGAGGAGGGGGCAGGGGCGGGGGCAGCCGCAGAGGACUGCACUGCCCCCCAGCAGCUGGAGCUGGCGGACGGCGGCAAGGGGGGCCCCUCCCCCAGCCAGCCCGCCCCUGUGGCCCCCGGGAAGAAGGCCCUGCCCCCGCUGGAGCUGCCCCGAGCGGGCAGCACGCCAGGCGACGGCGAGGAGGACGAGGGCAUCCACAGCCCCGACGGCAGCGACAUCAGCGACAGCGUCUCCGAGGGCAGCGACGACUCCGGGCUCAACGGCCUCACGGGCAGCGCCACCCCCACGGGCACCCUCACGGGCAGCGCCACCCCCACGGGCACCCCGACGGGCACCCUUACGGGCAGCGCCACCCCCACGGGCACCCCGACGGGCACCCUUACGGGCAGCGCCACCCCCACGGGCACCCUUACGGGCAGCGCCACCCCCACGGGCAGUGCCACCUCCCCUACCAAGGAGUGCCCCUCCCCCACCUCAGAGUGCCCCUCCCCCACAGAGGACUGCCCCUCCCCCACCUCAGAGUGCCCCUCCCCCACAGAGGACUACCCCUCCCACACAGACCAGAGCCCCUCCCCCACCAAGGAGUGCCCCUCCCCCACAGAGGACUACCCUUCCUACACAGACCAGAGCCCCUCCCCCACAGAGGAGAGCCCCUCCCCCACCGAGUGCCCCUCCCCCACUGAAGACUGCCACUCCCUCACAGACCGGAGCCCUUCGCCCACAGAGGAAAGCACUAGCCUCAUCACUGAGAGCCCCUCCCCCAUUGAAAGAAGCCCCUCCCCCACCGAGCAAAGCCCCACUCCCAUUGACAUAGACCACUCCCCCAUGACUGAAAGCCCUGCCCCCACAGAAAUAGGCCACGCCCCCAAUAAAGAUAGCCCCUCCCAGACUGAGAUGGCACAUGCGCCGGUGGAGGAAAGCCACACCCCCUCCAAACUCACGAGUCACACCUGCAUCUUCUGCGACCGCGCGUUCCCUGUAGAGGUGGAGUACCGACGCCACCUGAACCGGCACCUGGUGAACGUGUACUACCUGGAGAGCGCCGUCAGUGAGGAGCAGUGAGCCCGCCGUGACCUGGGGGGGGGGGGGGCGGGGGGGGCAGUCCCCAGGCUCUCACACUGUACUAUGGAUCGCUUCCGGUAUUUUAUGAUGUCAGAAGCCAGUCGUUUUUCCUAAUGCUUUUAAAUUCGGUGUCUCUUUUAUAACUUUUGUAUUUCCUGUUUGUGAUUCACAGUAAUUGUCUUUUUCUCAGCUUUCCCAGAGUGAAAGACGCUACAUACUCAGUGCAGUGGAGACAGGAGCUUAUCUUGCUAUGUGUUCCCUCUUUAUUGUGUUCUUGAAGGCCGGUGUGACGUAGCUUUACAGAGACGAGCAUCCAAAUCCUCCCAACAUAAACUGGCUCAACGUCAUUGGCUCUGUGUCGAUUUGUGUCUCUCUUCCUGGCCCAAAACUUUAUUCCAGUUGCACUGGAUCACAAAAAAAUGUAUAAUUACAUGUAUAUUCAGGGCUUGUGAGAUGGACGAAUCAUGGGAAGGAUUCUCUUGUGAUAUCACUGUUUGCCGCUGUUACCAUGACGUCAGUGGAAUACGGGAUUAUCUUGAGAACAGCGGAAAGACUUUUGAAUUCCAGAAUUCCUGUUGGUGUUUCCAUGUAACCCUGGCAACCAGAGCCUUUGAAGGACUGUUUCCUGUUGGAAUGAGCUUCCAUUUCUUUACUCUGGGUCAGAGGUGGGCAGUUCCGGUGUGUGCACAGCUUUUUGUUUCCACCAAUUGCCCUGGCUAUAUGAGCUAACUGACUGUUUACCCCAACACUGGUUCACUCAUAGAGGGACACAUAAAAACAGUCAUUCAUGUGCCAAUCUAAAAUGUAGUUUAAAAUGUUAUGGGCUAACUGAGUCAUUAAGGCCAGAAGUUGGCAUGAAAACCGGACGGGCAUGCUCACCUCUGCUCUGGAUCAUCCUGGCCAAGAACAGCAGUGAGUAGCGCUGCCCCUGCUGGAAAAAGGUGGCAUGACGCUUAUGAAUAUUUCUAAAAUGAGAAAGAACCAAAGACGGCCCUCGGCGUAAUAACAGGGCUCGUGUUUUUGUUUUUGUUUUUGUUUGUUUUGUUUUUUUUUCCUCAGUUCAGUGAAAGAAGCUCACGUUUGGCCUGGGAAUAGCACCAGUCGUUCUGACUCGUUCCCACUUCACCCAGCUGCCAGUGACUGUGUGCCUGCCAUUCUUUCUGAUUUCUUUGAGCACUUUUGAAAGAACGUGUAUUCCUUAACACACUUUUUAAAAUGUAAUAAAAACAUAUUGUUUUUAUUUGUAGCUGUAGUUUAGUUUUAAGAUACUGGAGUGUGUGUGUUUUUCCACACAGCCUCCAAACUCUAUGCAGUGGAACAAAUAUUAAUUUGGUCUGCUCUGACCCGAUAGCCCUACCUUCUGUCCCGAUGCUUCUGUUCAGGCAGGCAGUGUUUCCCUCUGUCGGUCAAGAGCUCAAGAAGGGGUAGUGACAGUUGGCAAGUCAAGGCCAACUCAACACAUAUGUACAAAAUAUCAGUUAGAGGUUGUAGGUAGACAUCUUGCUGUUUUAUGUUCAACGGAGUUGAGUAGGUUUCCCUUUGAUAGCUGAAUUAUAUUUCUGUGUACAGCAUAUUUUAUUGUAGAUGGACUCUUUUUAUUGCAGUUGGGGUUGCUAUUCAUUUAUACAUGUGAAAAUGUACAUAUUUUAUAAAAUUUUCUUUGUUCAACAUUAAAUAGUUUCUUGAGCAGAUAAGUUCAUUGUGAACCAUUUUGUGGUCACAUCAUGUUUGUGCUGGUAGUGAUUCAGGUCAAAUAAUCUGGAUGA